ACCAAAGUAGUAGUCAGCAGCGAAGCGAAGCAAAGUGAAAUUUGCCUAAGUUGAGCCAACUUCACCCAAGUUUAGCAACCCAAACGUAUAGCAUAUACCGUGUAAAAGGCAUUUUAACAAGCAGUUAAAAAAUCCAACCCAAAGUGUUAAGUCGAAGCGCUGUGCACUCGCCAAACGCAACUUUUCUUUUUGUACCCAUUCGCAUAUUUAAAUCAGUGGAGGAAAAUCAAAAUAUAUAUGUAAUAUUUUUGCUAACUGCUCCAUAUGUAAAGAGAAAAUUUGAAGCUAUUUGCAAUUAAAAUACGAGGAAAAAAAUAAAAAGUUUUGCAAAGAAUUGCGCUUUUGAAAGGCAUUUUCACCAAAGGGACAUACAUGCUACGCUGAGUUUUCGUUGGAGAUACCAUUUUUUUUUUUUUUUUUUUUUAACCUACUUUAUUUUACAUUCCCCUUGUGGUUACCAAACCCUUUGCCACUUAGCGCUGCGCUGCUUCCCCAUUUGUUACUCCAUUUGUUAGCAUCUCCCCCGUUUUGUCGCGCCCGUUUUUAAACCUCCCUAACAACGCGCAGAGGAGUGUAAAUAUUAUAUAUGCAUAUGCAUAAGCGUACGUGUGUAUAUACCAGGCUGUAUUUCCCCGUUGAAGAAUAACCCCCAUUUCUUUAAACAAAAAAAAGGAACCCCUCCUUUUUCUCCUUUUUUCUCCUUUUUUUGGCCCCACUAUUUGCAUAAUGUCAGACCACGAAACGUAUGAUAACAUCGAUGCGGGAGCAUCCCAGACGUACCCUGUGCAGGCAGGUGCCAUAAAGAAAAACGGCCACGUGAUGCUAAAGGAGCAUCCUUGCAAAGUGGUAGAUUACUCCACGUCCAAAACGGGAAAGCACGGUCAUGCCAAGGCACAUAUUGUAGGCAUCGACAUUUUUACGGGAAAAAAAUAUGAAGAUAUAUGCCCCACCUCUCACAAUAUGGAUGUUCCUGUGGUGAAGAGAACUGAGUUGCAGCUGAUUGACAUUACAGAGGAUGGUUUUGUUUCUUUACUGUAUGAUAAUGGAGAGACAAAGGAUGACUUGAGCUUACCAAAGGACUCGGAUGGCAACCCCGAUGACGUGGCCAAGCAGAUUCGUACCCUCUUCGAUGGCGGCAAGUCUGUGCUGGUCAGCGUGUUGUCCGCGUGUGGCCAGGAGAAGAUCAUCGCGGUGAAGGAGUUGUCCUCCUAGGCGUCUCAGCGCACGUCUCGGUGUACCAUCCACAUGCUGCUACGCUUCUACACCCGUCUGCACUCACGUCUACACUCGCAGCUCUGCUUUUUUACCCUGGGGCCCCUCCACAGGGAAGCUUUCCCACCUGUGCGCUGCCCCCACUUCCAUGCUGCCCCCACUUCCAUGCUGCCCCCACUUCCAUGCUGCGCCCACUUUAAUGCUGCCCCCCCUUCGCCCACCUGCACGCGCACGUAUAUAAAACUAUAUGCACAUUUAAAAGAGGAUAAUACGAAAAUUAUUUUUUUGUAAAUUCAUCCUGCUGCAUGGAUGGGACGAUCUGGACGGGUCGAACGGAACAGAGCCGAGCGCAGCCUAGCGCAGCCGACCGGCCAACGAGUCAUCUACCUUCCUAGCUGCUCACUCAUUGGUUCGUUUUUGUGCCACAGAAAUAAAUUUUUUUUUUUUUUUCUCCCCCACUUACGAAUACGCCAAACGAACACACACCUGCGCGCAUGCGCGACUCUUUAACGAAAUCGACGGACUGUG